AUGUCGAACCAUACGGUUUCGGAAGACCGAUGUUUUAAACACAGGGCGGAAAUUGAUCCACCACCCCUCUUUCAAAACGGGAAUAUAAACUUUCAAGUCUACCACAUUGGUUGGAUCAUCUCCGGUGUUCUUGCUUUAAUCUCCACGGUAGUCUCCUUCUGGCUCAUCAGCAAGCAUCUACAAUGGUACACCAACAAACGCGAACAACGCUAUAUCGUUCGUCUGCUCUUCUUGGUGCCUUUAUAUGCGACUGUUAGUUUCGCUUCUUUCUUGUUCUGGAAUCAAUCUACGCCUAUCAUCCUGGUCCGAGAUGCAUAUGAAGCAAUCGUUUUGACAGCUUUCUUCUACUUGCUCCUUAUGUACCUUUCUCACGACCCAGAAGAGCAAAGACGAAUUUUCCUCAAGAAAGGUCUUUCGAGGGAGGCAGACGCUCUGGCUAGACAGAAGGGUGGAAAGAUUCCAAAGUGGGUGUGGCCAAUGGGUUUCGUGAAGUGGAAGCCUAAGGACGGCCUUUAUUUCCUACAACUCAUGAAAUGGGGCGUUCUUCAAUACUGUGUUAUACGGCCUACAUCCACCCUAGCCGCCGUCAUCUUGGAUCAUAUGGGUCUUUACUGCGAGAGCUCCUGGGGUUUUGGAUGGGGUCAUGUUUAUAUCGUUUUGCUUAUCUCAAUUUCCGUCACUGUCGCUAUGUACUGCCUCAUCCAGCUCUACAUCCCGGUUUCGAAAGAGUUGGCCCCUCAUAAACCUUUGUUGAAAUUGUUUUCUGUAAAAGCUGUUGUCUUUUUGACUUUUUGGCAAGCCACCGGCUUAUCUGUAUUGAGUAUAUUUGGUGUGGUCAAAGGCACGAAACACAUGACCGCCGAAGAUAUCAACAUCGGGAUUGGUGCUAUACUGGAGACGUUUGAGAUGAUGCUGUUCGCCUUCUUACACAUCCGUGCCUUCACCUACAAGCCGUACAUGGAAAGCCCUUCUAAACCAGGUCCGCCGCCUUCCAAAACGCCGCAAUGGCGAUCUCUUGGUCACGCAAUGGACUUCCGGGAGACCUUUAGAGAGAUUUGGGAGGGUUGUGUUUACAUGUACGAAAAGAUACGAGGGAAGGAACCUACACCUGAUUUCGGUGCAAAGAGAGCGGCUCAUUACGAGUCGGCUUUCGGGCGAACCAGACCAGGACUAGGAAUACCUCUCACGAAGGCAGAGAAAGAGGAUAAAACGGACGCUAAACUCAAUGACGUAACUUUCCCGGCUGUAGAAAUCGAAGUCGACCAGGAGGUGGAAGUAGAUAUCGAAGGACAGCGGCAAUGGCUAGGAUUAGGGAAGAACGAUCGAUAUGGCCUAAACUCAAGACGAGAGAGGAGCGAGGGUCUGCAAGAACAGAUUGAUCAUGAAUUAGAGAGGCUUGGAUAUCCCACACUUGGUCCUGGAAGGAUAAAUUUGAAAGCAGACAUUGAUCUGCCACCUGCAAGGCGACGACAAGGCUCGUGGUGGCGUUCCAUCUACGAUCGUAUAUCUCAGUCAGGACCUCCAGAAGAAGGGCGAGAACUCCUACCAUCCAAACGCAAAUCCUCGAAGCUGCAUUCUAACCGCCAAUUUCGUCCCGGUGCACGUCACCUUCCGAGCGAUAUUGACCCCAAAAUCGACGAUCGGCCACCUCGAAGCAUCCUGCAUCCAUUCAACACCCAUUCCGCGGGCAGCAGUGCGGCGUAUCAAUAUUAUGAACAGGAUCGGCUAUUCGCCGAAGGUGAACGCCUUAUUAUCGAGGAUGAUCAUGAACAGCGGACCUCUCAUUACCGAGAUCAGUGGCCGAUGGUAUCUGCGUCACCGCCACCACGGUCGGCUCAACGAACUUCAAGGUCGCCUCGGAUGGGUCUUGGGACUCCUCCCCCCAACUUCCAAAGCUUUACUGAAAGUCCCGCUUUCUACGGUCGGUCCCUACACAUGUACAUCCCUGGUGUUCAGUAUCAAGUUGAAUCACGACCCAUCGACACUACAUCGGAGCGGUUCAAAGACAGGUCCAGAUCAUCCAGGGUUCCACCACGCGAAGCCCUGGUCUAUCCAACUCCCCUGGAUCCUCGUCGCAACCCAGACUCUCCAAGCAGAGAUGCUGGUCAGAAUGUUGGACUGGCGCCUCCUACGCCCCGCAAAGAUAUCCUGCAUCCCCUUGCAGAGGAAGAACGUACGCCCAUUCCUCAUCGAAAGUCCGUUCAUCGGCGCGAAGCUGCCCGCGAGAGUGACGACAACAAUCAGCUGUCUUGGCCGGCUGUAGGUCUGCCAUCAUCUACUUACUCAGAUGAUCGGACGUAUAUGCCUCAGGCUAUCUAUAAUAGACAACCUACAGACAGGAAUAUUCCACACACUGGCUUUCUAUAG